AAAGAGUUGAGGCACACAGAGGAAAAAGGCAAAAGAAAAAGCAAAGAAAGCUGUCGACCCCCUCCCUCCUUUUCUUUUAAAAACAUCCAAACCCCAACCUCAACUCAUAAACAAAUCAUUCUUUAUUAAAAAAAAUAACCAAAUACAAUGUUCAUAAGUGCCCCUUGUCCAACAUCUAAAAAGAAGCAACUCAACUGAAACUGAAACAUAAAGGGAAAGUGAGCAAAGAGAAUAAGAGAGAAACCAAGAGAAAGGUGGCAUGAAGGGAAGAAAAACCAAAGGAGCUCCUUCGGCAGAUUUGUUAGUAUGUUUCCCAUCUCGAGCCCAUCUAACACUAAUGCUACCAAAGCACAUUUGUAGUCCUGCAAGGCCAUCCGAACCCAACAAGCGCAACCACCACCGUCUCCUUAAGAAAUCAAGCACCAGAAAUGGUGGCGGCCAAGCUAGUCCUCUCCUAUGGGCUAAAAACAAGCAUAUGGGAUCCGAGAUCACGGAGCCCACCUCCCCGAAAGUCACAUGCGCCGGGCAGAUCAAAGUCAAGUCUAAAACAAGCUCAUGCAAAAGCUGGCAAUCUGUCAUGGAAGAGAUUGAAAGAAUUCACAAAAAGAGACCAAGUUGGAUGGAGUCACUUGGCUUUAAGAAAGAAGUCAUGCAGUUCCUAACAUGCCUGCCCUCCAUUCAUUUCGAUUUUCGGUGUUUCGGGUCUUUUCCACAAUCCGAUAUCACUACUGACGAUGAAGACGAAGAGGAAGAAGAAUACCAAGAAAACGACAACAACGAAGAAGGAAACGAGACAUCAAGAACCAUCUUUUCGAAAUGGUUCAUGGUCCUGCAGGAGAAUCAAAGCAACGGGUUUUAUAAAGAAGAAGAAGACAAAGAAAAAGAGAUCUCCCUUGACCACUUUGAUGAUCAACCUGCAGUUCCACCUUCAAAUGCUCUCUUUCUUAUGCGUUGUCGGUCGGCUCCUGCUAAGAGCUGGUUAGAAUCUAAAAGGGUGGAAGAGAACGAGAAAAGCUAUGGCGAGGAAGAAGGAGAAAAAUUACAAGAAUGCAAGAGGAAAGAUGAGGGGAAAAGAAAGAAUUUGAGGUGUUUGAUGGACGAAGAAAACAGAAAGAUGAAAGAGAGCUUAGUGGUAAUGAAAUACGGGCCCGAUUUCCGCAAAAUUUCAUCUGAUAUAGCCCAAGAGACAUGGCUUGUUGGUGGGAUGAAAGAUCCAUUAUCCCGGAGUCGAAGUUGGAAGAGAUGAUUAUACUGUCCUCGGUGACUACUCUGUUUUCAUAAAUACUUGCUUGUGCUUUAUUUUGAACCAAUUCCCCCCUGUUCAUCCGACUUCUCUUUUGAGAACUGGGAAUUCUAUAAUCACCACCUUAUAGUUUACCUUUGGAAUUUUGAUAUGUUUCAUUGUCGUGUAUGGUUUGAGAGUUAUAUGUAUUUAAUUUGUGCCGCAUAAUCUGUGCAGCUUUCCUUUUCUUUCAAACAGAAAAGAUUUGUACUUCUGUUACAUGAUCAUUAUCGGAAAAUGCCUUGCAAUAUCAUUAAUGAAAAUAGCAUUGUUAUUGCUGAC